CUUUAGUGAAAGGGAUAAUCAUCUAACUAGAAUACAGAAAUCGUUGCAGUAUAGCCGAGGUCCUUGGGCUAUACAUACUCACCUGAAGGUGUGAACCCGCUAUGGAAAACACUCCCAGAAAAUGGCUAACUCGAAAAGACAAUGUCACCCGCCGUGGACUCCCCCCUCGGUAUCCAGAUCCCAAAAUACAUAUUUGGCCUGCCUCGCCCCCAACCAUCAGUCCGUCGCAGUACCGUUGACGGUAUUCGCUCUGGGCACCAUAAAAAGCUCUGGACGACAGCUCGAAUUACGCGUGGAGGAGAUUGAGAAGGCGCUGGAUCUUGCGUUAGAACCAUCUGAUUUGGUCAUUAUCCUACAGCGACCAGCAAACAACCAUAACUAUGCUGUCUCUUUUGAGCAAUUUGUUCAAGACUGCUUGGCAUGAAAGGCCGUCGAUGAGCUUAUUCGAUUAUCAACAAACGGAGCAUGAAGCAUACACACCGUGUCUGUCCUCGACGCAUUGAUGUUCAAGCCAAGAUGAAGAAAUAAAAUUUCAGACGAGAGGUGCCAUCAGCUCUAGAAGAGGUCCUUCGCUCGAAGAAGCCAAGUGUGAUACUGCAAUGUCAU